AUGGAUAUUUUCAAGGAAGCAACGAAGGGUUCACUUCCAUUCGCGGUAGUACUCACUCGUCAUCCUACUUUCUUUCCAAAAGUCGAAAACUCUUCACAUUUAUUCAUGAUGAAGCUUUCGCUGGUUUCAAUCAUUGGUCUUCUGUCAAUUACUUCUGCUCUCCCAGUUGAAAACACAGAGCGAGAUGUACCAAUUGAAGAGAGAGCCGCAGCCCCAACUGUUACAAUUGCAUCCCCAGCAGCGACAAUCAUCGGAGGUGCCGGUACAACUGUCGAGACCUUUGCUGGUAUUCCAUUUGCCAAACCUCCCGUCGGUGCUCUUCGACUCAAACCACCUCAACCUAUCACUUCUGCAUUAGGUACCGUCAGAGCAACAGCGCAAGCUGCUACCUGUCCCCAAUUCUUCUUCAGUAGUGUAGUCAAUGAUGCAAUUCCUACAUCAGCACUCGGUGUUCUCCUCAACACACCCAUUUUCCAACAAGUUCUCAAUGCCGGGGAAGAUUGUUUGUACCUGAACAUUCAAAGACCAGCUGGUACUACUGCUUCAUCGAAAUUGCCAGUCUUGUUUUGGAUCUUUGGAGGAGGAUUUGAAUUAGGGGGAACGUCGAUGUAUAAUGGAUCUCCAUGGGUAGCUGAAAGUAUUGCUCAGGGUAAACCGAUCAUUUUUGUGCAAGUAGCUUACCGGGUUGGGGGUUUUGGAUUUUUACCUGGUGCUGAGGUUCUGGCUGAUGGAAGUGCGAAUUUGGGAUUGUUAGAUCAGAGAUUGGGCUUGCAAUGGGUGGCCGAUAAUAUUGGGGCAUUUGGUGGAGAUCCAUCAAAGGUCACUAUUUGGGGUGAGUCAGCUGGAGCAAUUUCAGUUUUCGACCAAAUGGCUUUGUAUGGAGGUGACAACACAUACAAAGGUAAAGCAUUGUUCCGUGGAGCCAUUAUGAAUUCAGGAAGUAUAGUCCCCGCCGAUCCUGUCGAUUGUCCAAAAGGUCAGAAGAUCUACGACACAGUCGUAGCUGCAGCAGGAUGUUCAGCAUCAAGCAAUACUCUAGCUUGCUUAAGAGGUGUCCCUUACUCCACCCUUCUCAAUGCAACAAAUUCCGUCUCAAGCCUCCUAAGUUAUACUUCCGUUGCCCUUAACUAUCUCCCUCGUCCAGAUGGAACAGCUCUCCCAAAAUCGCCGGAGGUUCUCCUUUCUUCUGGAGCAUGGGCAAAAGUUCCCUUCAUAAUCGGUGACCAAGAAGAUGAAGGAACAAUUUUCGCUCUCUUCCAAUCAAACAUCACCACAACAAACCAACUCGCGACCUAUUUCUCCAAUGUCUUCUUCAACAAUGCCCCUGCAUCCGUCAUAACCGGUUUACUUGACACAUACCCCAACGACCUUAUCUCCGGUUCUCCCUUCCGAACCCUCCUCCUCAAUAACUGGUACCCACAAUUCAAACGCUUAGCCGCCAUUCUCGGUGACCUAACCUUCACCCUCACCCGUCGCAUCUUCCUGCAAACCUCUCUAAAAGUCGCCCCCAACGUCCCGUCCUGGUCCUACCUCUCAUCCUACAACUACGGCACCCCGAUCCUAGGUACCUUCCACGGUUCAGACAUAUUACAAGUAUUUAACGGUUAUUAA